GGGAAAUGUCUGCCAGGAAACCAGUCCGCUUUCUCACUUAGCAAUUCUAGCAUCUGAGCUUCAGGUGUCUGUGAUCAGUGACAUGAAGGUUAUUUUGAUUUGUUUGCUCUGACAAACAGGUAAAUGCCGUCAUUGAAUUUUCUGCAGACUCCUACUGACCUGGAAAACAAGAGCUUUAGGUCAGCUAGGUCAGACUGAAAUCAAUCCAGUUAGAGCAUCUCCUGCUGAGAAGAAUCCGAUUACUGUACCUGAGAUUGCCUGAGAUGCUGAGGUUUCGAUGCUGAGCACUACAUGCUGGAUUACAGAGCUGCUCACCUUGGCUCAUGUGCAAUAUCAUGGGGAAACUGCAGAGUAAAAUCAACUGCAGCACCUCCAAAUACAGGCCUGAUGAUUAUAUGGAAGAGGACAGUCCUGCCCAGGCUGUUCAGCAAUACGUUCCUGCUCACACUGACGCCGUCACUUCUGUGGCUGCUCUAACAUCGGAUCUCUGUGUGUCGGGAGGAAAGGACAAGACGGUAGUCGUGUAUAACUGGAGAUCAGGAGCAGUGCUGAAGAGGUUUGUAGGACAUCAACGUGAAGUGACUAAGGUGGCCUGUGUCUUUGAAUCCAACAGUUUUUUCAGUGCCUCCCGUGACAAGACAGUCAUGAUGUGGGAGCUACACAGGAACUUGGGGCCAAGCCAGCACUUCCCAGGACAUGACUUGGUUGUAACUGGACUGGCAGUAAGCCCAGACUCUUCACAGCUGUGCACAGGUUCACGAGAUAACACCAUGUGCAAGUGGGACAUAGAAACCGGGGAGUGUCUGCGCAGAGCUGCCAUCUCCAGGAAUCUGGUAACACACCUGUGCUGGGUUCCUGCAGAGCCGUUUGUCAUCCAGACGUCAGAGGAUAAAACAAUCAGGAUCUGGGACAGCCGGGAGCUGCAGGUGGCCCAUACGUUCCCAGUAAAGCAGUAUAUUCAGACCUACUGUGAUGUAAGCCAGGACGGCCGGUACUGCAUCAGCAGCAGCAAUGGCUUUGGUGGGGAGGGCUGUGAAGCCACACUGUGGGACCUAAGGCAGACAAGAAGCCAAGUGCGUGAGUACAAGGGGCAUUUCCAGACCACUACAUCCUGUGUCUUCCUUCCCAAGGGUCUAGGUCUGAUCCCAGUCGUUGCCACUUCAUCACAUGACUGCAUGGUGAAGGUCUGGAACCAAGACAAUGGAGCCUGUCUGGCCACCUUGUGCCUUAAUGGAUCCGGACCCCUUGCUUCCCUGGCUGUCUGUGACAGCUCCACACUUCUCUGUGCCAGCUUCAACUCGGGAAUUCACUUACUCAGGAUAAACAGCAUUAAAGGGCUGGAGCUCCAGGAGGUGGCAACGUUCUGAUUCAUAGUGACCCUCUCUGUCCCGGACCAUCAUGGUCAAAAUCCAAAGCGGGAACCACCUCUCUGGUUAAGAAGGCUCUCAGUUGCUGAUAUUCGUUUCCCGGCUGACUAGGUUUAAUGGCCAGGCACCUGUAACAUCCCUAGCCCCAAAGCACCAACAAUGCAGAGCCAGGAGGGUCAUCAGGUUCCAGUUUCUGAGAUUAUUGAAACUAGCUGCAUCCAUUUUUAAAGCCAAGUCCUAGAUGCAUUUAGGCCAAAUUUUAACUUGAAAUGAGCCUUGCACAUUUGAUGCACAAAAUCACAAGCGAACUAGUUAUAGGUCUAACACUUGGUUAGAUGAGAAAGAAAGACACAAGCAGAGGCUCUACUGAAACAGGCUGCCGGCCUACAGGGAAGUGUGUUUCUGGGAACAUCCUGCUGACCAUGUUGGGGUAGCCUCCGUUCUGUCGUGCAAGCAUCUAUUCCUUGCUAUGCUGCAGGUUUUGUGGCUUUUCUUAUUACAAAGAUCCUAUCAAGGACUGUCUGGAUGCUUGUCAGCAGAGGUAAGGAAAAACCAUGGAUUGUUGUCCCUCUUCUCUUAUCAAUGUUAUGUUGGCAUCCCCAUUUGUUACCCCAAGGUCACGCCACCAGGGCAGAGUCUGGCUCACUGAGAAGCCUGGGUUACUGAUGCUGCGUGCAGUAGCAGACUGAGGAACAAAGGGACCAUUCUGUUAUCUCAGGGUAGAAGCCGAGUACUGAAGCAGCAAACUUGCUUCAGUUCUGAAAACCACCUUUCAGAUGUCAGCGUGUGGAAUGAAUGGCUUGUUUCGGAACGUACCAGUGUCUGGCUAACUGAAUGAACAUCCUAAGGUGUCAGGCUAGAGAAGGUCAGCCCUGUUCUCAUUGCUCAGGUUCAGGAUGCUGUUUAAUGGAGCCGAACGCUGUGCCCCAAAGUGAAUGCUUGUUCCAUGACCAGGGCUGGUGUACAUGCACUCUGCUGGAAGGGGGAGAGAAUUCACGCUCCUAUCUUGUCACCAAAAGCUUUGGCAGCAGCUGUGAAGGUAGCUAUUUCCCCAAUCCAAGGGAGAAGCAAGUUGGUAAAGAAGACUAAUGGGAUGGCAGAAAUAAUGACAUGUUCUUGGCACAUUGCCAGCCUGUUGAGCGGAAGCCGUGGCUGAAGAAUUCAGGGAGAUGUGGCGCAGGAAGAACCCCAGAAGAGGGGUUAGGGAGAGUUUUAACUUCCAGGUAAAGCUGAUUCUGCAGAUGGGAUGGCGAGUGUUUUCAACAAGUUUGCCUGGUCUUAGCCUGCCCCUUUUGCCCUGGUGUGGUACCUAGGGUGAUAGCCAGUUUUUCAGUGCAGAAAGUGGUCCAGUGAGUCAGUAACCAGCUCUCAGAUGCCUUCCUUUCCAUGGGUGUGUUUGGCUCUGAAAUUCACAGUGCUCUGGGGAGAGUUGCCUAUCCAGCGCUGGCAGAACCUUCUUUACCUGAUCCAGUAGGCUCAGAGUUCGCAAUGCCAGCUCCAGUGGCUGCUGUGGGGUUACUGCUAACUGAGAGGCCAUGAGUGAGAGCGGAAGUAGGCAAGAGAUGUUUCCUCUCCUCUUUGUCAGAGGCUGAAGAGGAUUCUUCAUACCCCCAUACUUGAUACCCCUCGCUCAUCAGCAAACCCAAGUCCAGGCUCCAUUUGUCUGUGAAGGCGAGGCUGAGUACCUGACGUGGAAAGCACUGUCAGCUCAGACGAAUACUGCCUUUCCCUCCCUUCUCUGCUCUUUGUGGGCUAUGGUCUAGGUUAGACAAGCAUUUGGCCAAAAGCAAACAGUCUCCAUUUAAAAAGGCAAAUUGUAAUAACUGUUGCUCUUACUGGCCCUUUACAUUCAUUACUGUGCAAAUAAAUUUCCCCUAAAUUUGCACCUGGUCUCCAUUAGCCUCCAUUUUCAUUAUUAGCCAGGAUGGUCAGGGAUGCAAUCGUAUGCUCUGGGUUUCCUAAGCCCCUGCCAGAUGCUGGGACUGGAUGACAGGGGAUGGAUCAUUUGAUAAUUGCCCUGUUCUGUUCAUUCCCUCUGAAGCACCUGCCAUUGGCCAGUGUCGGAAGACAGGAUAUUGGGCUGGAUGGAUCAUUGGUCUGACCCAAUAGGAUUGUUCUUGUGUUCCUGUCCCAGUAGAGUUGUCCCUUGUUCUCUAAUGUGAUUAGCUAAGGUGGAGCUGCUGCAUCAUCUCACUCCCUUUCUUAAUCUCCUGUGCUUUAGAUGCCAUUUUGUGAGGAAGAAAUACCUCUUGCAAGGGGCUGUUGAGGGUUCUCAGCACCUUGCCGAACUGGGCCCUGGAUGAGCGAAUUGUCUGUUCCCUGCUGUCACUGACUCACUGAAUGGCCACUGCACCUCCUUGUCCUCCACUUCCUUGGCUGCAGAGUGGGGAUGAUGGAAUGCUGUGAUCUCUGGAUGAAGGGGCUUAAUACACAAGUACUAACUCUGAGUGUGUCCAGUUGUGUUGCUCGGGGUACUUUGCUGAGGAAGGGGAGUGUAGUUAGCAUGGCCAGAGGGGAAGCAAAGGUGCUGAGACAGUGCGCCUUGCCCAAGGUUUGUCAGGCAGUGACAGAGCUGCACUUUGCAGUACUGUCCUGGCUACUUCUGCCUUCUCCAUUUCUCAGCCACUUCUAGGGUUUAAUAAUCAAGUCACCACAAUCCCACCUGUAUUUGGAGUUUGGCUUUGCUUAGCCCCAUCCAUCCAACUCAUCCCCAGAAUGUAGGCCAUGCGGAUGGGGUUGCUGUGCUGACGAUUAGUCCCACCUACCCUGAGAGAGCUCCCUUUUCAUCAGUCUUCAGACCAUCUGAAUUCUUGAUCCCCUUUUCUAAUAUGACCCUGGUUUCCUCUGCCAUUAGCCCACCUUCUCUGCAUCUGACCUCUAGCCCAUCCACUGACGCAAAAGAUUCCCAUCCUGCCUCUGACCCUGUUAUUCUCACUGCCCCUUUAGCCCUGCCUUUCUUUCUCUUUGCUUGUUCUCUGAGCUCUAGAAAAGGGUCUCCUUUCCAUUGUCCACCGUGCAGAACUAGAGAGAUUCCAAGGCCAGAAGGGACCACUCUAAUCAUCUGAUCUGACCUACAUAGCACAGGCCAGAGAACUACCCCGACAUAAUCCCUUCUCCUUAGUCUGCCCCUUGCCUUUUCACCCAUCAUGUUGCUGCUCCUCGUUCCAUAAUCCUGAUUUCUUGGCACCCCCACCCUUUUUCUCUCCAGCUUCCUCUGACUCAUACUGUGUAAGCAGAGGCGUGGGAACUAGGAGUGCAGGGGGUGCUACAGAACCCCAGGUUUUAGCUGGGGCUCUGCUGCCACCCCUCCACCCCGGGUCUGGGCUGCCAGCUCAGGAGCAGACAGGGGUAAGGGGGCUAGCUUUCAGCACCCCCACUAUACUGUAUGUGAGGCCUUCGCAACAGCAUUGUGCUGCGCACUAACUCUUUCCUUUGCCAUGGCUCAUUCCCCCCCCCCCACACACACACACACACACACCCUGUGUUUUAGCUCACUGAACUCCCUGUCUCCUUCAUGCAUUAGCCCACAAUGUUGUUUUGCUGAAUUUCAGCCCUUUCCCAUUGCUUUAGCUCUUCCUGUACCAGCAUCCCACAAAGAUGUGCACUUUGAGUGAGCUGGCUAUAGACCAGGAGCUGGCAGGAUCAGACAAUGUGUUCUUAUGCACCCGAUCCUGAAUGUGACACUGACAUUAGACGAGCUGCUGGUGCUCGGUGCCUCUUGAGCUCAGUUUUAUUGUAUCCUUAGUUUUGAUGUGUGCCCCUUCAUUGAAUUAUGCUCUCUGUGAGCCUUCUCACAGAGAGCGGGAGUGUAUCUUUCCUCCAGGGAUGUGUUUGUCUAACCUCCACCCACAUGCUCUGAACGAUCAUGUGUUUUUGACCCAGGUGUAAGAUACACCUCCUCACUUGUGUCACUUCUGUAGAAAGAAAAGGAGUACUUGUGGCACCUUAGAGACUAACAAAUUUAUUAGAUCAUAAGCUUUCGUGAGCUACAGCUCACUUCAUCGGAUGCAUUUGGUGGGGGAAAAAAAAAGAAAAAGGUUUUGUUUUGUUUUGUUUUUUUCCACCAAAUGCAUCCGAUGAAGUGAGCUGUAGCUCACGAAAGCUUAUGCUCUAAUAAAUUUGUUCGUCUCUAAGGUGCCACAAGUACUCCUUUUCUUUUUGCGAAUACAGACUAACACGGCUACUACUCUGACUUCUGUAGAAGAGGCACAAAAUGGAAAUGGCCUUUUCAUGCUCUACAGUCUGUGCUAACACUGGUUUGUAAAGGACAAGGAACAACUGUACUACACUUUGUCUUUUUCUACAUUAUUUUAAAGUAAAGUUUGUGUCUGUGCUGGUGGCAAUUCUUGUUAGGCUAAUAAAUGUUACUGUAGCAGGGAGUGUGGCAUCCCCUGUGUUACCUGUUAGUCUCACCUGAAAGGCAGGACGUGUGUUACUGUAACCUACUUAGCGGAUCUUCUGGCACUUUUUACAUAGCAAAUACAAAUGGAAGAAGUUGUAUAGAUCCCUUGUUUGUUCCAUCAUUGCACUGAAUGUUACUGCACAGAAGCCAAUAAAAAUUAAAGUGCACA